UCACUAGAAUUCCAACACCAAACCACGCGGCUUUCGAAAUCGUAACCAGCUCAUGAACUUUUGACCGCAAAACUCUUUAUAUCCUCAUCUCUGUAAAUUGACUUCUUGUGCAUAAUCCUUGCUCCUAUUGAUCUACUGAGGAUCUAGAAGAUCAUAUGAAGAUAUUUUAAUAUCCCGGUGCAUAUACCCCAAACACUACCAAGCACUCACAUCCGCAUCCAUGGCUCCAACAUGGAUAGAAAAUCGUCUGAAGGCAUUUUAUACCGGUCAAAAAGGUUUGGAAACUUCCGCAUCUAUCUGCAGGUUCAUGAGAAGUUGCAUCGAGAAAUUAUUCAUGGUCAACCUAGCUAACCAGUUAUCUAUUUCGCAGAGAAAGAAGUUCCUCCAUUUAGUACCACGACUGCAGUUUCUCUGUUGGUAUGACAUUCCCUCUCGAGCUGUCUACUGCACACGCUCACAAAGCCAGGUACUCUAUACACUCAUCUACGUAAUUCCCUUCUAUUUCUCCUCGACCACCCGGCCUUCCCCCCAGCUUUCCCGUGAUGCACCAACCGUUAUCCGCGGGCGAAUCCGCUCGGUUACUCUCUCAUGUAUCGUUGUUUGCAUUGGCACAUUCGGCAUUUUAUCAUCAGUGAAAAACGGGGAUGCAGUAAAAUCGCUCCAUUUUAUGGGAUAUUUCCCCAUCGGAGUCGUCGAGGCGGUUAAAUGUGUUGGUUUGACUGCUAUAUUAUUUGUAGGACCUUUGUUUGAAGAAGGUAUCGCGCAGGGACAAUGGCGCGAUUGGAUUCGUCUGAGGGGAUUGGGCGCUUUAAAGGGCUGGAUUCCGUAUAGGAAUAUUGUUGCUGUAAGCUAUGCUUCCAUCUUUCCUUUGGCAUAUUGUUAAUGGUCAUACAAAGGGUCCCGUCACAGAAGAAGUACUCUUCCGAUCCGCCUCGGUACCCCUCCUCCUCCUCUCCAAAACCUCCAACACAACGAUCAUAUUUCUCACCCCCAUCGUCUUUGGACUAGCCCAUGUGCAUCACUUCUAUGAAUACAGAAUUACACAUCCACAUGGUCCCAUGGUUGGAGCUAUCCUGCGCUCACUCUUACAAUUCUCCUACACAACUUUAUUUGGAGGCUACGCUACAUUUCUAUAUCUCCGAACGGGUAGUCUGUUGGCUGUGAUAUGCGUGCAUGCUUUCUGUAAUUGGAUGGGAUUCCCAAGGUUUUGGGGCAAGAUUAGUAGUUCGGUGGAUGGAGAGACGAUCAUUGGACCGGAUGUGGGAGCCAGCAAGAAAAGUGAAGAUGUGAUGAAAAGUAAUGGGGAAUUGAGUAUUAUUUGGACGAUUACAUAUUAUACUCUGCUUGUAGUGGGUGCGUACUUCUGGUGGAAGUAUUUGUGGGUUUUAUCUGCUAGUGAUUCCGCUUUGGUUAAAUUUUAAUAUAGCAGCGAGCUAGCUAGUCUAAUGAGCAUAUCAUAUUUAGUUGAAUAAAUGCAUCAUGCAGAUUCAAUAUCGUGCAAACAGAAGCAG